AGUUUCGACAGCCUAUCGACCAUGUUCACCAGCUCCGUCCGCCUCCCUUUGCUGCUCAUCCUGCUGCUCCUCGAAUUGGUAACGGCUGAGUACAUCCCACCAGGACCUUCCUAUAGGUGUCCGAAAGACAAACUACUACUGCAUCCGUGCACGUGCGAUGUCGAAUCCGACUUCGGGAUCAGUGUCAGUUGCAAUAACACGAAUCUAGCCAGCAUGAGUAUCGGCCUGAACAAUUUGGCUACGUUUAGGUUGCCUAUCGAAAGGCUCACUAUCUACAGGUGUCAUUUCACCCGACUGUAUGGUAGUCUGUUCCACAAGUUAAUCUUGAAGGUGCUGCAUAUACUCGAUACUCCGAUAGAGGUCGUAGAAGAGCAUACUUUUCUUGGAAUCAACUACACUCUUAACGAGCUGUACAUAAGGAAUUCCAAACUGAAACAAUUUCCUGUUUCGGCUGUCAAGAUACUUGGCAACCUAACAGUCCUCAACAUAGAGAGCCAUCAAAUAACAGAGUUGCCAAAAGACUCGUUCGCCCUCUCUGACAUGGCAGGCACACUGAUGAGGUUCCACUUGACAGGCGGAAACCUCACUGCUCCUCCUCCCGAAGCCCUUCAGCCUUUGAGGAGGUUAAGGACUCUCGACUUGCACGGUAAUCAGAUUGCCGAGUUGAAAAGGAACCAAUUUAAGGGACUGAGGGAUGUCGAAGUGCUGGAUCUUAGUUACAACGAGAUACCUAAAGUAGAUGCAAGUCACUUAGGAGAUCUCACCAAGAUUUCGUGGUUCAACGUAUCUAACAAUCGGGUGCGUUUGCAAGGAACACUGUCUUGAGGGUACUGAACAUGUCAGGAAACCGCAUCAAAAGACUGGAUCAGAAUUCGUUUAGGGGCAUGCGGUUUUUGAGAAGAUUGUACUUAUCUGACAACCAAAUAACAGAUGUAGGAAGAGGUACUUUCGGAACAUUGAAAAGGAUUGGAACUAUAGACCUGGCGGCGCGUAAUGCUUUGAAGAAGAUUGACUAUCAGAUGUUUUAUCAACUAAAUUUCAUCGAGAUCUUGGACGUUUCCGAAAAUCAAGUGACAGAAAUUCAAAAAUUAGCCUUCAAGGAUCUCUAUUUAACGCACAUCGACUUAUCGAAAAACAAAAUACAUAAAAUAGAAAGCGGCGCUUUCGAAAACUGCGCUAACAUAACAAAGCUGGAUCUGUCUUUCAACCAAAUUGCAGCUUUGCCAAAGAAAGCAUUCGACGA